AUGUCCUCAGCAGUAGCCAAACGCCUCGCGGGCAAGACCAUUGUCAUAACCGGAGCGUCAUCAGGAAUCGGGCGUAGCACAGCCUUCGAGUUUGCGCGGACCGCGCCCAACCACGGCCUCAAGCUGAUCCUGACGGCCCGCCGCGUCGAUGCCCUUGAGCAAAUUGCCAAGGAGAUCCGCCAAGAGGUUGGCGAGGGCGUGCAAGUGCUGCCUGUCAAGCUGGACGUGAGCCAGCCGGAGGAGGUCAGGGGGUUUGUUGGGAACUUGCCCGAGGAGUGGAGGGAUAUCCAUGUGCUGGUCAAUAAUGCUGGUCUCGUAAAAGGAGUCGCCCAAGCUCCCUCCAUCGCCGAAGAAGACAUCAACGUCAUGUUUGCCACCAACGUCACCGGCCUGAUCAACAUGACCCAAGCCAUCCUGCCCAUCUUCAAGGCCCGCGGCUCCGAGGGUGGUUCAGGAGACAUUGUGAACAUUGGUUCUAUUGCCGGGAGAGAACCAUACGCAGGAGGCUCCAUCUACUGCGCCACCAAGGCCGCUGUGCGCAGCUUCACCGACGCGCUGCGCAAGGAGCUGAUCGCCACGCGCAUCCGUGUCAUGGAGAUUGACCCUGGCCAGGUUGAGACCGAGUUCAGCGUGGUGAGGUUCUAUGGUGAUAAGAGCAAGGCUGAUGCCGUCUAUGCCGGCGUCGAUCCCUUGACGCCCGAUGAUAUCGCAGAGAUCGUGGUGUUCGUCGCAACACGACGGGAGAACGUUGUUGUUGCUGAUACCCUGGUUUUCCCGAGCCAUCAGGCUGGUGCUGGUGUUAUGCACCGCAAGUCGACAUGA